GGUGGAGAAAAAUGUUAGUGUUGGAACAGAGGGAAUUUGCCGAACCCAAAGUUACAUCUCUCUGGGACUUUGUUGAUCACUGAAAAUUCCGUGAUGAAGAUGGUGGUGUAUAGGAGUGUGCUGCUGGUAUGCGUGUUGGUAGGAGCCGUGGCCAGCGCAGAGGAGGAGAUUAGCCUAGCUGGUUUGAUCCGCAGAAUAACUGCCGGAGUUCUGGGGCGAGGCCUGCUGGGAGACCACCAAAGCGACUCCAGUGACAAAGGGCCCAGAGUUCUGACUAAAGAUGGUAUCAUUAGAGGACUGACUACAGAUAAAGCACAUGUGUUCUAUGGCAUUCCGUUUGCUGACCCUCCUGUAGCGUCUAACCGCUGGAGACCACCCCAGCAGGUCACACCAUGGACAGGAGAGUAUGAUGCUACAUUCCCUCGCGCAGCCUGCAUGCAGCGCUGCAUCGGACCAAUCACCGAGGAAUGUCCGAAAACGGUGAGUGAGGACUGUCUGUACCUGGACGUUUUCGUUCCUCUGAGUGUGAACUUUAGCGCCACCGUGCUGAAACUGCCAGUAAUGGUGUGGAUCCACGGCGGAGACUUCAUCGCGGGCUCUGCCUCCAAACCGCUGUAUGACUCUCGGUUCAUCAGCAACUUCACACACACUGUGGUGGUCACCGUGGCCUACAGACUGGGAGCGUUUGGUUUUCUGGUAUCAGGGAAGGAUCCUAAAUCAGCUGCAGUGGGCAAUUAUGGAAUUCUGGACCAGCAGGCUGCUCUUCUGUGGGUCCAGCAGAACAUUGCAAUGCUUGGGGGGGAUCCCGGCAAGGUGACAAUAUUUGGUGAAAGUGCUGGUGCUCAGUCUGUUAGUUUGCACCUCAUGAUGCAGAGCAGUAAACCACUGUUCAGUCAGGCAGUCCUACAGAGCCUUCCAUUCUCUAUUCCACUAAAGACACGGCAUGAGUCUCUGAAGCUGGGGAAGAAUUUCGCUAAGCUGACCAACUGCUCACUACAGGACUAUCAGUGUCUGCAGUCUCUGAGCUCUCAGACUGUUCUUGAUGCUCAGAUUAAAUCCAGUUCUAAGCUGGUAAAUCCAUUCCGAUUUUUGGAGGUGUUUGAGAGCUGGGGGCCAUAUAUAGAUGGACUGCUGAUCCAGGAACAGGCUGUCAGUGCCUUCCAGAAAGGACACUGGCAGAAGGACAAACCUGUACUGCUGGGUACCACCUCUGAGGAGGGUGUUAUAUUUGUUUAUGGUGUUUUCUCGAAGCCUGUGUCAGCAGUGGAGUGUGCGAUAUACACUACAGCCAUCUUCAAACAACAUACACUCAAAAUUCUGCGCAAAUACCUCCCCCUAUACAGAAACACAGACCACCGGGACAUGCUUGCACAGAUUGUGACAGAUUACAUCUUCCUGUGUCCCUCCCGGAGGGCUGCUCGUGCUGCAUCACUGUCCAGUGGCUCUGUAUGGACAUAUGUUUUUGAUCACGUUGCAAGUGACCAUCAUGUUUGGUCUGGUUUGACCUUCUGUUACGAUCACGUGUGUCAUGGUGCGGAGCUUCCCUUUUUGUUUGGCUCAGCCACAGUGGCUAACUUCACCAUGACCCCAGCGGAGCGGCUGCUGUCCAAUCGAAUGCUGUGUUACUGGGGUUCAUUCGCCCAUGCCUCCUCACGCACCCCACUGACUGAGUUCUGCAGGCAGCAGCGCCCCCCAUCGUGGCCACGGUACAGGGCCUCCAGCGGCUGGCUAAUGAUGAACUUGACCAUCCACUCACACGCACAGCCUGGAUCACGUAGUGACAUCUGUGAUUUCUGGGACAGACUAGGGAUUUACUGAGCAUUUGCAUGGAAUAAACUGGAAUAUGGAGGGUGGGGUUGAGCAUAAGUUGGUUAAAAUGAUCUUAUGUAGCUACAGUAGCUGCAGUGAGUGAUACACUUAAUUAGCUAGCUAAUCAUCAAGACAUAUGUUAGCCUUCACCAUGCACAUACCAAACCAAGUAGAUAGCUAUUGACUUAGUUAGCCUACACUACAUGUCAGACUCCAGUCCUUGUGGGCUAAAACACUGCAGACAUCAGCGCACUGUCUCAGAGGGUGAGAUGAAGGGAAACUCCACAGCGCUAAUCUCUGCGGCAGUUUGGCCCAGAAGAUCCCCCAGUUUGACAUGCCUAGCCUACACCAUGCAGCAACUAGCUAGAUAUUGACUAAGUACCAGGUCGGAACUUAGUUAAACUGUCCAGCUCCAAUAGUCACUUCAUAGCCAUAAAGUUAUAGAUGAAAUUAACAUAAUAAGCAACAUAAUAAAGUGAAUUCAACUCACCAUCAUGGUUUAAAUGACUGGGUAAAAGAUGUCUGAUUAACAUUUGAUUGGUCCUUAUUUUUCCUCUGAAAUGUGAUUAGUCCUAAAUUUUCCUAACAAACAUUAUUGGUCAUGUCAUUAUUUUUCCUGUGAGGUAUAAUUGGUCCUUAUUUUUCCUUCUGAAAUGUGAUUGGUCCUUAUUUUUCAUGUGAAAUAUGAUUGUGAAAGAUCCUUAUUUCUUUGACCAAAACACAGUCAUGUGCAGAAGUUUGAACACCUCCCCUCAAAUGACAAUUUAUUGAUUUUUUAGGUGAAAAUAAGUUAACACAUCCCCUACAGAGCACUCCCACAAUUUUCACUGAAUUGCACAAUUUCUAUUUAUUGCUCAUUUUAAAGUGGAAAAAAGCAGAAAAUACAAAAUAUGCCAUAACAUUUGCACUGGCCACGUUUUUUUUUUGUUCCAGUAUGUUAAAUUCAGCAAGUUGUAAGGAUAAGUUACAGUGCAUUAAAGUGUGCAGAAGUGUGCUCUCUGUAGAUGAUGUAAUUUGACCUGGGGCAAAUAUUUGCAAGGAUUUGAUCUGUCUUUAUUUUUCUUCUGAAAUAUUAUUCACCUUUACUUUUCAUUUGAAACCUGAAUUCGGCUGUGUUUUAUAACAAACUAAAAAUGUGUGACCACUUUUGUCUCACACUGUCCUCUACAGAGUAAAUGUUAUUUCUCUGCUCAUCUGCGCAAACACACUGCAGUCUGUCAUACUUUUAUUCUGCAGCACAGUAGAAAAUAGUGGGGCAGGGUUGGUUGUAAGUGAUUUUUUAAUGAAGUGCGGUGGGUGAUUUAAUCACAUCAGAGUGAGGCUCAGAGGCCCCGGACACAUGCCCUAUUUUCACUGUCACACACACACACACACACACACACACACAGAAGAGUCUCAAGACAGCAAACCUCAAUAACACACUUAAAAGUUUGCUAAAUCAAAACAGUGCCAGCUUCACUUCUGCUGGUUUUAGGCUUUUGUUUGAGAGAACUAUUCUUUCAGGCUGAAUAAGUUCAUUUAAAAUACCCUUUACUAUAAAUCUAUGUGAUGCCUACAUAAGUUCGAACUGACAUAAAUCUAUAUAAAUAUUUAUAAAUGCUUAUUCUAACAGGUAUCAUUUACCAUAAGGAUUGCAUUUGCCAACACUAACAUAACCUCUGUAUCAGGUGAUGUUGAGUUUUUUCUGAUAUUAGGUUGUCAGAUCAGUGCAUAUCACAGUGCCAUAAUGCUGAUAAUGUGCAAUUGCUAGCGAUGUCAGGCUGGUCAAACAAAAAUGAAAAUUUUUUGAGUGCUUCAGGGACAGUGAGUUUUAUUUUACCACUUAUAAUAUAUAUUUAAGCUAUGCCACAUGCUCAGCAUUAUGGCACUGUGAUAUGCACUUAUCUACAAAGUCAGUUGUUAUAAAAUACUUUGUAAUUUCACCUAAAAAAAAGUACCAUGACACAGCCUGAAAAUAUCAGUCAGACUGGGUAAAAGUAUCAGUGCCAGACUGGGCAAUCAGGAGAGUCAGGAGGAUGGUGAGCUGGUAGCUUUUAGGCUGGUUACUGUGAGCUCAUAUAUGAAAUCACAUAAAAGCGCAAGAACAUUCAGAUUAGCUUUAAAUGUUACAUCCAAACAUAUAUAUUUGCAGUAAUUUAAGGGUUAAUCUAGUGUCCCCUCCCUCCCCCACCUCAAGUAGAACUACCCCACAUACUAAUUUUUUGUUCCACCUUAAAUGUUGUAGCAGUUACAUUCUUACUUGUGUGUGUGUGUGUGUGUGUGUGUGUGUGUGUGUGUGUGUGUGUGUGUGCAUACUUUUGGAUGGGCUGGUCUGUAUCAUGUAACUCCUGGUCUAGAAACCGUUGCUACUCCAACUCUGAUGUCACCUGACAUAGUGUAGCCUUAUGAACACGGCCCUAGAGUAAAAUGUUACCAACAUGUUUUCUUGAUGUAACAACAGUGUGAGAUGCUAAUUAACGUGUUAAGAAUACAUGUUUUAAAAAGUC